ACUUCGAGUUCGGUUGUAACGAGGAAGCAGCGGCGUAGGUUUGUGUUGUGUGGAGGGGCACGGCUGGAAGGGGUCCCUUGCUCUAGUGUUCCAGUACCCCCGCAGCUACGGCAGCGGCGGAGACCACGGGCCCCGAAGGACCAUGUCACUAGAAUUUGGCAGUGUGAUUCUUCAGACUGAAAAUGACCAGGAGGAAUAUGGUCAAGAGGAUUGUGCCAGAGAAAAAGAGCUGCAGCAGUUAUUGACAGACCUUCCUCAGGAUAUGCUGGAUGAUGAUAUCUCUUCUCCUGAGCUCAACUUUUCUGACUGCAGUGAGGAUGCCACAGUGGGACAAGCACAUCAGGUUCAAGAACUAGAAAGCGGUUGGGAUGAACAUCAUAUCCUGCCUAAACCCCGAAGUGGCUAUAAUGAUGUUCAGAAUUUGUAUCCUGGAGAGAAACAUGCCAAUGGUUGGGAAGACUGUCACAGAAAAAAUGAAGAUAUGUAUGCUGGGUGCCAUAUUGAAGAAGGUCAUGAUGGAGGUGGAAGUGGUUACAGUUCUUCAAAUGACUAUGAACAGAAUGAUUUAUAUCAGCUUCCUGAAAACUUUAGGCCAUAUACCAAUGGUCAGAAGCAGGAAUUUAAUAACCAACCAACAAAAAUAAUAAAUUUUCCAGAUGGUCAAAGGGAACAUUUUCAGCAAUUUGGUACAACACAUGUUCCUACUAGUCAAGCUUUGGACUCUUACAAAGUGACAUAUAAGCCAUACCAAAUCUCCAGCCAAAGUAAUAUCUCAUCUAUCCAGGAAAGAGCAAGAAGGAAUGAUGGGUUUGAAGAGAUGCAGCAAAAAUUUUUGGAGCCUGGUGAAAAUUCUUUAGAAAAUAUGCAAAUUGUGCAGCUUCAAGUUCUUAAUAAAGCAAAAGAAAGGCGACUAAGUGAUUUGUGUGAGAAGCUAGAAGAGAGUGAAAAACAAAUUAGAUAUCUGAAUCACCAGCUUGUGAUGUUAAAAGAUGAAAAGGAUGGCUUGGCUCUCAGUCUUCAAGAAUCACAGAACCUCCUUCAGAAAGGAAAAGAGAAAGAGAUACAGCUUGAAGGGCAAAUAAAAGCACUUGAAACCCAAAUUCAAACAUUAAAAGCCAAUGAAGAACAGAUGAUUAAGAAAAACAGAGUGAGUGAGGUGGCCAUGGAAAACCUAAGACAGCAACUGUUAGAGCUUCAUCAUUCUGACUCUCUACAGCGAGCUAAAGAGCAACAUGAAAAUAUUGUUUUAUGCCUCAGAAAGAAGUAUGAAGACCAAGUGACAACUUUACAGAAGAAUUUGGAUGCUACAAAUGCUGUACUUCAAGAGCAGAAAGAAAUUUGUUGUCGUUUACGAGAUCACGUGAAACAAAUAGAAAAAUCACAGGAAGAAAACAAGAUAGAAAAAACAGAAAUAAUCAACAGAUUAACAAAGAAUCUGGAGGAGAGCCAAAAACAGUGUGCUUCUUUGCUAGAAACAGGAUCGGUACAAGAGAUGAAUCAAUUACGGCUCCAGCUUCAACAAGCCCAGAGUGCACAUACUCUGAGUGACAACAUGAACAGGGCUUUACAAGAAGAAUUAGUAGAAUUGAAAGAAGAAAUUUCUCUCUAUGAAUCUGCUGCAAAACUGGGAGUAUUUCCAAAUGACCCAGAUGAAGAAUUGAAUGUAGAACUUUCAGAAUCUUAUGUGGAUUUGGGUAUUAAAAAAGUCAAGUGGAAAAAAUCAAAAAUUCACAGUACUAUGCAGAAACCAGACCCAAAAGAAGAGCCUUCUAAAGAUGAAAUCAUUUUGAGGCUGAAAUCUGAAUUGCAACGUUUGCUGACCAGCAACACAGUGAAGCGCCGCCUGGUUACUCAGUUACAAAAUGAUCUCAAAGAUUGUCAUAGAAAAGUAGAAGAUCUCAGUCAGCUGAAAAAAUCUCAAGAAAAAUGUGAACUUGAGACUAAAACAAUCAGUGUGGAAAAAUCACCCAGUCGAUUGUGGCAUGACUCUUCUGUUUAUGAUAAAAUAGUCAAAGAAGAUAUUCUGCGACUUAAAAAUGAAAUUCAAACUUUACAACAGGAAAACGAGGAACUUAAAGCAACUGAAGAAAAACUAAAAAAUACAAACCAGGAUUUAUGUAGCCAAAUGAGACAAAUGGUGCAAGAUUUUGACCGUGAUAAACAAGAAACAGUGGAUAGGUGCGAGAGAACUUUUCAACAACACCAUGAGGCUAUGAAGCACCAGAUACGUGACAGCCUUUUAGCAAAGCAUGCUUUAGAAAAACAAGAGCUCUUCAAAGUUUAUGAAUCAAAUCGUUUACAACUUAGAACUGACUUAGAUAAGGUGAACAAAGAGAUGGCAGCUGUACAAGAAUGCUACCUGGCAGUUUGCAAAGAAAAAGACAAUCUGGAGACCACCAUAAGGAAGUCAGUUGAGAAAGAGCAGCAAGCUAAGGAAGAGAUGAUCAAAGACAAAGUUAUUCAGCAGUUAGAAAGGGAGUGGCGGUUUAAACUGGAUCAAACUAUAAAAGAAAUGAAAAAGAAGACUUUUGAUUGUGGCAUUCAAACUGACCAAAUAAUCACCCCAGAUGUAAUUUCCAAGAAAGAGAUGGAAGCAAUGAUUGAAGAGCAGCAAUGGAAGAUUCAGCAAGAUGUGCAGCAAGAGAAGGAAGCAGCCAUUAAAGAGGCUCUGAAAAAACGAGAAAAAGAGCUGGAGGCACAAUACCAUGACAAUAUCACCAAACAGGUAGAAGUAGCUGUGUUAAAUGCUCGUUCCCGAUGGCUGCAAGAGCUUCCUGAGCUUGCAGAGUAUAGAGCCAACUUAAAGACUGAGCAGAUGAAAUGGGAGGCAGAACAUGAGGUUUCUGUGGCCAAAAAGGUAUCACUUGCAGUUUUGGAAGCUAAGGAGAAAUGGAAGACAGAGCUUGGAAACACUGAAGAAAGUGUCAAAGAACUUGAAGCAAAGAUUUUUUCUCUCCAGAAGGAACUAGAGUUAAAAGAGGAAGAAAUCCCUGUGAUUGUCCGAGCUAAGUUGGCUAAGUCCCGAAGUGAUUGGAACAAAGAAAAACAAGAAGAAAUCCAUAGAAUUCAAGAACAAAAUGAAAAAGAUUACCGGAAAUUUUUAGAUGAUCAUCGAAAUAAAAUUAAUGAGGUGCUUGCAACAGCAAAGGAAGAUUUUAUGAAACAAAAAACUGAGCUAAUUCUUCAAAAGGAAGCUGAAUUACAGGCAUGUCUAGAACAGAAGCAAAGAGAGUGGACGAUUCAGGAAGGCAAGCAGAUCCAGAUGGAGAUUCACCAGUAUGAGGAAGAUGUUCUGAUUGAAAUUGAGCUUCUUAUAGAGGAAAUUUGUGAAGAGCUUAGUGGAAUUGAAAUCAAAUAUCUUUCAAAAACCAAAUCUCCAUGUUCUCCAAGACGACUAAAUGCCCAAUAUUUGGAAAAACUGAGGGCCUGUAUACAGAUGGCUUUUAGAGGUACACUGUACCGACUUCUAGAAAACAGUAGUCCUGAAUGGAAAACGAAUAAUGAAGUCGUCAUGAUCUCUGCCACAAAGGAAACUGGAGACCAAGCAAGCCUUCCUGUUUACAGUGUUGGACACCAGAUGCAACUACAAAAAAUACUGAAACAACAGAGCUUCUCACAUGAAAAAGCAGCAGAGACUGUUUUUCAGGGUAGGAAAAGAAUCUUUGAACCUCAAGAAGAUUCUUGCUGUGAACAGUGCCUUCACAAGCUUGAAAAAGCAAAGCAAGAGUGUCAAGACUUGAAAAAAAUGCUAGAGAAAUCAUGCAGGCAUCUCCAGCAUGCAGUAAGAGAACAUAAAGCUACAGUGGAGAAAAUUGGAGAAGAAAACAGUAGAGUGGUUGAAGAAUUAAUGGAAGAAAACAAUGAGAUGAAGAUGAAACUGGAAGAACUGAGAGCACUUAGCAUACCACCAAGAUCUUUUUCAGAAGGUGCUGUUGACCAUAGCUGCCUGGUAUGCAGUGGAAAGGGCUUGGAAGAACUUCGUGGACAUUAUAUUAAAGCUGUAAAAAAAAUUAAGAGUGAUAUGAUUCGGUAUAUACAAGGAAGUAAACAGAGAGCAGCUGAGUUGCUAAAAGCAGAACUAUUUAAAGAACGUCAAGAGACUGCUCGGAGGAUGCGCAAAUACUACCUGGUUUGCCUGCACCAACUUUUGCAGGAUGAUGGAAGGCAGGAAGGGGCUGAAAAAAAGAUCAUGAAUGCUGCUAGCAAGCUUGCUACAAUGGCUAAAGUGCUGGAAACGCCUAUUAUUAAUAGAGCCCAGAUCAAAAAUUCACCAUCAGCAGUGUCUCGAUCGUCUGAGCUACUGCCUGGAAUUGAACAAUCAAAAAGAAAUUACAUGCAUCAGAGUAGGGGAAGCCAUAUGGAAAACAAAUCAAGUGGCAGGAACAAUAUCACCAAGGCAGGUGGCGAGCAAGUCCCUCAGAAGCAUUUACCUUGUAACUUAAGGCAGCGGUUAGAAGAUGCAGAACACAUGGAAACAAAGCACAUUGCCUUCAGAGAAGCAUCUUCAGGCAUUCUGAGCAGUGUGACUGCAAGCACACAGCAAGACGAUUUGCCAAGAAAUGUGCAUCCUGAGUUUGUUCCUGGUGAAGGGGGAAGAAGCAAAGCUGGACCUCACGUGCAGUUUGAAAGCACACACACAUCUACCCAGGCUCCUGGCCUUUCUCACUCAGGAUCCAGUCACGUGACAUUUCAGGGUCUGAAAGAAAAACGCAUUUUAAAAGAACGUAAAUGUAAUUCACAGACUGAGUGUUGUCAGCAGGUCAUAGCUGAGAAAAGUCCAGAUUUUGAUAUUCAGGAAACUCCAGUAAAGGAUGAAGAAGGUCCCAGUGACUCGCUUGACUGGAGUUCAGAAAGUGUGACUCCUGUAGCCUUACCCAGCAGUGACACAUCAUUUUUAUUUCCUUUUCAACAAGGGAUCCUGAAUCAAAAAAUAGAAUCAGUUUCCUUCAUGCAGUUUCCAACACAUACUUGCCUUUCUGACACAGAGGAAAAAGCCAGUAAACUUUGUAGGCAAUUCUUAUGUCAAAAUGACCACACUCCUGUUGUCAAAAAAGAAGACAAACGAACACAGACAGAGCAGGUAAAUAAGCCUACUGGACACGCCUCUCAUCCCAACUCUGAUGUACUGAAAUCAGACUUCAAAAAACUGAACAGUGCAGUUUGUUCUUCCGCGUGUCAUCAUCAUUCAAGAAAAUUGUUAAUGGCUCCCCAAACUAGUCAACAGGACAGUGGCUUUGACAGCCCAAUGGCCAAUCUAGAUUAAUUGUUCUUGUACAUUGUUUAAGAAGAUGCACUAAUAUAUUUAGAAGAGAACUGAAAGGGAAAAUUUGUACUGAAAAAAAUGUGAGCUCUGUCUAUUUUGGGAUGUUUUAAUAACAUCUGACUGACUGUUACAUGAGUAAAGUAAUCUCAUAAAAUUACUUGAAAUAUUUA